UUACUUUUUGUAACGUCGUGAAUUUGAAAACUCAAACGUCUAAAAUGAAUAAAACGUCUUUUCUUUUCGUUGUUGUGGGACGGUAAUUUUAAUUUGCUUUUGGUGUGUUAAAAUAAAUAAAACAUUGUAUAAGUGUUGUUAUAAAUAAAUGUGCGCUUGUUUUGUUUCAUGUGAUUAUUGUUUGUAAGUACAGGGCAAUAAUUUGCAAGAAAAAAUGAUUACUCUCACGGAAGAUGUAAAUUCGCUAUUCGAUGAAGUCCUUCGGGAGAUAUCAGAAAACAUUCGGAACAUGAUGCAGGAGUUGUGGCUGAACUGGGCUCACCUCGGAGUUGAUGACAAUACAAAGUUCAACAACAUUGAGAAGCUGGUACAGAUUGAGAAGGAGUUGCAUCGCGAUGUCAUAUCAGAGACCAGGCAGAAGCUGUCCAAAAUGCAGGCACAAGUUGACAAGCUUAAGGAAGAAACUGAAGAAUUAAGCAAAUGUCUGUCAGUGGACAUCACUAUUCCUGAAUUUGAUGAAGAAAUGAUGCUUGUUGAUUAUAAGAAGGAAUUGGAAGAGCAGAUUGCUGGGUACAGAGAUCAAGUAGAGAAGCGUCGCAUGAAGAUGGACCGACUUCUGGAAUGGCAGCGCGACCUCGCGGACAAGCUCGGCGUCACCAUCCGCGAGCUGCAGGAGGUGCCGCUGCCCGCUGAGGAGGAGCUCGAUCGCUUGAAGGACCAUCUGGAAGAUCUACAAGCCGAGAGGGAUAAGCGAGUGGAGAUAUUCCUGCAUACGCAAGUUGAGAUUAAGGAUAUUAUGGACAAACUUCAAAUCAAGCCUCAGAACAAAUUCGAGAAUGUGGUGGUUACCUCACUGUCGGUCGACUUCAAGGUGUCCGACCUCAACAUGGACCGCCUAGCUAAGCUGAGGCAGGACCUGCAAGAGAAAUACGAACAGACUAACAAUAGGGUGUUGGAGCUCCGCGAACGCCUGACCAAGCUGUGGGACUGCCUGGACGAGGACCACAUCUACCGCGAGAACUUCCUCACGGCGCACGUCGGCUGCCAGCCGCACACUGAGGCCGCUAUCAAGGAGGAGAUCAAGCGAUGUGAGAAGAUCAAACGGCAGAAGAUACAGGUGUUUGUGGCGAACAUGCGUACUAAAAUCAAGCUUAUGUGGGACAACAUCAUGUACUCUGAACAAGAGAGGCAAGAGUUCUUACACUACUACCAGGACAUAUUCACAGAGGACACUCUCACUCUACACGAGAUGUACCUUGACAAGAUCACCAAGUAUUACAACAAUAACAAGAACAUCUUCGAGCUGAUGACAACUCGCAAGAACCUGUGGCUGAAGAUGUGUGAGCUGGACGCGCGGGCGUCGGACCCCGGCCGCUACAACAACCGCGGGGGACAGCUGCUCAAAGAGGAGAAAGAGAGGAAGGCGAUAUGCAGCAAUCUCCCAAAAAUAGAGGCACAACUGGAAGAGUUGGUUCGUGAAUAUGAAGCCAAGACUGGAAGCACCUUCACAGUUGAAGGGAAGCCCUUACUCCAGCUCAUGGAGGAAGAAUGGGAGACUAGGAAAGCAGAGCGGCACAGCAAGGUGUCGGCGCGGCGCGCGGGCGCCACACCCACGACGCCGCUGUUCCGCUCGCUGGCCGCGUCGCCGCUCGGCAAGCGCACUCGCGCCGUCGCCGGCCUCGCGCACACCGCCGACAGGAACAGACCGCCGCCGAAGCGCCAGCUGAUGACGGGCAGCGCGACUAAGGCCGUCACCACACUCGCCAACAACCUGUCUGCGCUCAAGAGGUCCGCCAUAUCUACUGUUAAGAGGCGUAUAAGUGGUCGCUUAGCGGCGCGCGUGGUCGCUGAAGGCAAGCCGGAGAAUGCGAAGCGGAAACUGGACUACGGGGGAGACGGCAAGAAGACGCCUAAAGUCAACGGCAGUAUUCUCAAACACAAACGGACGUCCGCCGGCAAGCGGCGCAGCGCGGGCCGCCAGUCGCUGGGCGGCGCUCGCUCCGCCGCCGAACACAAAGACCCGCUCAUGGAGACCACCAUGCUCACCACUUACACCGACUUCAAGGACUGUAUAAACGAAAAGCAGAUCAGUCGCAGCUCUCUAGCCGCCAACAACCAGCCGCAACAGGUCAUCCCCACCAUCGUGUACCCCACCAUCGAAGAGAAAACGCCGACCACCCCAAAAAAAACUCCGAGGACCAAAACGCCCCUAACCCCUAAAAUCGGCAAAGAGAACCUUCAACACAACCCUAUCGCGACACCGAAAAGCAACCUCUUAUACACACCUACAAGACUGACUCGCUCCGCUAUUAAACUAAACAAUGAUGGCUUCGCCACACCUAGGGCCCCACUUAGUGCGAAUAAGAUGAAUUUACAGCGACAAAAUACAAUGGGCCAUAUGGCGGUGAAGACUACGCCUAAUGCUAAUGUUAGCAGAUCCAAGUCUCAUACGCAUUUGGUGAGAGCCAAAAAUCUACCGCCUCUCAUAUGAGAUGAUCUCAUAUAAGACUGAUCGAUCGCGUAUUUCAAUGUUUUAUUAUGUCCGGUUGUUCGUCACGAGUGAAGCUGUUACCUCUAUCGAGACCAUCGAUUAUUUCUUACAUAAUAAUAAUAAUUUAAUAAUUAUUUAUUUGCCAAAAAUAUAGAGACACUGUCGAAUCUAAAAUGGUAAUUAUUACUGAUAUAUUUAUUACUUGUGCUUUGCUUCUGAGUAAGAAGUCAUUCGAGUGAUGUAAUAUCCUCGAAAGACUUAUUAGUUAACCAUAGCAGAUUUGAGUGAGAUGGUAACAAUACUCUUCACACAUUUCUGUGCGAAGAGUGUAUACUAUAUCAGGAUAUUACUAAGGGAUAUUACAAGCUUCGAUCUUCGAUUUUUGCAAAAAAGUUGGAUAAACCUCAUAUUUCUAUGAGGAUUAUUCAACAGACCCAAUAUUUUUGCAAAAGCCAAAGAUUAUAAUUGCAGAUAAUUUUAUAUUGUAAUGAUGAUAGUCACAUAAUUUUUUAUUGAAAAUCAUACAAUAACAAAUAAUAUAUUGAAAUACGCGACCGCUGUGAUACUAAUUUAAAUAUUACGAAUAUAAUUUUCAUAACAUCGGAUAUCAAUUUCAAAUAAUUGACAACUAAAAUUCAUUAUAUAUUUUCAAUAGAUUUCUAGAAUUUGUGAUGUGAUGUUGUUAUUUCUUAUUGUAUAUUUGAAUCUCUUGUGGUACAGUGGAGUUUAAGAUAAAUUGUACAUUUUCACAUGGAGUAUAACAAAAUGUAGGUCUUUCGGUUUGACAUAGAAUAUGUCAUAAUUAUUACUAACAGGUAUUUGAAAAUACGACCCCAAAAUGUCUGAAGCGGAAUAGUCUUUUGAAUAUAUGUGAGAAUGUGCAUUUUAUCAUAGUCUUAAGUUGUUUAUAAAUUGAGUUACAAUUAAUAUUUUGAUUUCCGCGUAGUUUAUAAGUUUUAUUUUAGUUUUUGAUUGAAGAAUAUAAUUUUAGAAUAGAUUUUUGUUCGGUACUAAUAUUGCAAUAAUGUUGCCUAUUUUUCGUAUAGCUAUUUGCACGUUUGGGUUUGCUUCGUGAAUCUUGCAAAAUUAUCGGAGUGCCUUUUCAGUACUGUAUUUGUUUUACAUUUAUUAUAGUACUUUAUAACAUUGCGUGCAAUAAUAAUGGCACAACGUUAAAUUUAAACUCAAUUCUACAAAAAAUAAAACCACGUUGAUCGUGCUCGAUCGAUUGAGGAAUAAAAAGCGAUGUGAAGCAAUAAAAAUCAUGUAAUACUACCCUAAUAUACAGUGUACACCCACCUUUAUCAUCAAGGCAGCUUCCACUUCGCAAGAGUUUAAUAAAAACUUAGGUACUUAACUUUAUCAGUAUUUACCAAGGCACUGUCGCUUGCUAUCAUUUGACAUUGCGAUUUAUAUAAUUUCUUAUUACUAUUACUAAUAUUAUGAUGUAAAUUAUGGUUGUAAUAUAUUUGCAUAGUUAAAAA